AUGGAGGCGGAUGCUGAGGUGAUGUACGCGGGGGUGGGUUCACAGUCCGACCUGGGCUGUAACAAGGGCCUCCAGGCCAAGGGCGCGGUGCGCGAUAACAAGUUUCAGCUGCUUGCAGGCAGCAUCAUCGCCCCCGCCGCCCCCGCCCUCAACAAGAAGGCCGCAUCGCACCCUCCGGACCUGGCGUUCGACAGCGCGUCGCAGGCGUUCAUCUACGCGUACGGCACCAACCCGCCCGGCGGCAAACUCACCUGGACGCCGCCCUCCCGCCCCGGCCGCGUCGUACGCAAGCACGCCAGCGCCUCGCCCAAGCAAACGAAAAAGAACGAAAAAGACAACAAAGAGAAGGAGAAGGAGAAAGAGAAAGCGAACGACGUGGACGGCGACUACGAAGACAUCGCUGGUGAGGAUGACGAAGUCGAGGUGCCGGGUUGCAUGCAGGUCGUUGCUGACGACGACGCAGAAGAAGACGAUGAAGACGAGUCGCAGCUUCGCCCGCCUUCACGCGCUUCGAGUUCCGGCUUGAAGGUGGUCCAAGCCAAGAGGGAGCAAGUGGAAGAGGAGGAGGAGGAGGAGGAACUGUCAGAAGUCGACGCCGAGCUGGCCUACAUCGAAGCCAAGAUCCGCCUGCUCCAGAUCCGCAAGAAGAAGCUCCUCCAGGAGAAGGCCAACGCCGACACCAAGUCGAAGCCCCUCGCCCGCAACCUCAACCUCUGA